ACACUGUCGCUUUAAGGAGUGGCACAAGCAGUUGCGUUCCGGUUGCUAUGGGAACGGACCUCCGCUCGCUCUCAGAUGCGAUUUGGGAGAAAACAUGGAAAGCUGCUGUGUCUAAAUCUCCUUUUAUUUCACCUGUCUUUCAGGUCAUUAAUGGGAUAUUUAUCUUUGUUACUACAGUCCCAUAUUUGGGACCUGUAACAAAUUUUGGGGGCUCGAGUCCGGGAUUGGCGCCACCGCUGACAGCUGUUGGAGGACGCCAGUCCAGUGAUCCAUGAACCUGUGGACCAGACGGUGACGUGUCAUCAGAGUGAAGAGGGUCUGUCCGAAUCCAGGGCGUCUGACUGCUGCCAGAGCGAGGGAGUUCGAGGACCACAGACAUCUGACAACCAUCCACCAUGAGCCACGAGAGAAAGAAGCUGGUGUGGUCCAUCAAGAAGGGACUGUUCCAUCUGUCUGUUGAUGAACUGUUCCAGCUUGCAACUGACAUCACGCCGACACCCGACCAGGACCCAGCUAAGUUGCACCAACAUGAUGACGAGAGUGGUAUUGAGUAUUUGUGCUCAUACAUGGACAGUGUAGCUUUACUGGAAUUGGAGGAUGAGGGCAUGUCGCAGUUACUUCUGCUAAAAGACCAGGUUGACGAAAUGAUUAACAGCCAUAGUCAGAGUGUGGGUCGUGGGGGUAGUGGAGAUUCUAAUGUGUCUGAUAUGAAGGUGGUAUCUGAUGUGAAAGUGUCACCGGUGACAUCUGAGGUUGCACACAUGAACACCCAGGGUACCAGUACACACACUGCGACAACAGAUUUAGCUUCUCAGACCAAAGAUCUUGAAACACAGAUUAGUAAAUUGUUCGCUGUGUACAAUGAACUCAAGCUAAAACAGAGUAGUGCUCCACCCACCACGCACAUGGUAGACAAUCUACCCACUGCUCGUGACUGUAGCCAGUCUCGCAGUCCACAUGACACACUGCAACUGCACUCAAACACCUCACACACCACCCAUAGCACAGAAAGCAUGAUUGCCCUUAAAGACCUUCCCCUCCUACAAAGGAAAGAGUUCAAGAUACAUGGUGGGCAAAUUGGUGAUAACACUUCAGAGAUCAGUUACAACAACAUCACUAGGCAGAUUGAUGAAGGCCUCAGAGAAAAUCACACUGAAGGUGAGAUCACCCGCGCCGUGCUACGUGUCAUAAAGCCUGGCAACUUCAAAGACAUGCUUGCUAGUAAAGAGGACAUGACGGUAGGUGAACUCAAGAGCUUUCUUCAGUCACACCUAGGAGAGAAAAGCAGCACUGAGCUCUUCCAGGAACUCAUGACGGCCAAGCAGCACGAGCAUGAAACACCGCAGCAGUUCCUGUACAGGAUGAUGGGGCUGAAACAGAGAGUGAUAUUCACAUCCAAGUGGGCGGAUGCAGACAUCAAGUAUGAGGCACUAACAGCACAGAAUGUGUUCCUCCACACCAUCUAUCAGGGCUUAAGCGAAAAGCAUGACGACGUCCGUCGUGAGUUAAAACUCCUCCUCUCCGACCCUACAGUCACUGAUGAGGCACUCUUGAGGCAGGUCACUAAAACAACAAGUGAGGAGAGUGAGAGAAAGCGACGCUUGGGGCGCAGCACCCGUCCGAGAACCGCUCAUGCUCAAAGUACUGAAGCCAGCAGCAGGGACGAGAGUGCAGGGAAGUGUACCGCUGACCGCAAGGACGAGCAGAUUCAUGAGUUGAGUGCUCAAGUACAGGCCCUGACCCAGGUAGUGAACACCCUUCGGUCCAGUGCCUCAGCAGUGAAGCCAGCAACCUCCGAGCUUCAGCCACAGUGUAACUGUGGCUGCCCCAAUAGGCAGAGUAGACCACUGAGAACAGAGAGACCCCGUGGCUGCCCCAGUUGUAUUGCUAAUAGCCGUCCUGACUGCAACCACUGCUUCUCUUGUGGGGAAAACGGGCACCGUGCUGUGGGAUGCCUGAAGAGGACCAAGCCGUCGGGAAAUGCACCCCGGUCACGGCAAGGGGACUACCUGUGAUCGGCUAUAACGUCCAGUCCCAUCAAGGUGCUGAUA